AGGCGGCGGAAGUGGCGGCGCGUGUCGGGCCAAGAUGGAUCCCAUUGGGACUACCUCUUUGAUGAAGGAUGGCAUCCCARUUAUGGAUUUUUCAACUAUUGUUCCAUUUGGAGGUCAAGAUCUUCUGCGCAGAGGCUUUACAAGUGUGAAAAGUGAAUUGUUGCCCAGCCAUCCACUGGAGCUGUCGGAAAAAAAUUUCCAGUUAAAUCAAGAUAACAGAAACUUCACCACACUGAGAAAUAUUCAAGGACUCCAUGCAUCUUUGAAGCUGCAGAUGGAAUUCAGAGCAGUGAAGCAGGUCCAGCGUCUCCCAUUUCUUCACAGCUCAAACAUAGCACUGGAUACUCUGAGGGGAAAUGAUGACAGCAUUGGUUUUGAGGAUAUUCUUAAUGACCCYUCGCAGAGCGAGGCCAUGGGGGAGCCGCACAUGAUGGUCGAGUACAAGCUGGGUUUGUUGUAACGCCYCGCGCGCCGAGCCUGGUCGCCACGAAAACGUUCCGUGCGUGUCUUUAUACUGCAGACCCAAAUGCAUGAUACGGAAUUGACACUCGCAGUGUUAAACGGAUAUCACUUGCCUUCCUUGAUGAAAAGGCACAUUAAAUGUUUAAAGUCUAUGAAUUGUUUUGUGCUUGUUGUUAAUUAUGGAAAUGUCCUGUAUUUAGAUUAAAUAAUGUUUCUUCGUACACUGCUCAGGACAAUAGCUUCUCAACUAUGGAAAUGCUAUAUAUGUAAAAUCCAAAAAUACCCGUGAAGUUUGACUGGUUGCUGUAGCUAAAUACAUUGAAUGCACGUUCUUGCAAAAGAACUUUUUAAAUGGGAAGAUAUUUUCCAUUGGGUAACUCGUUGUUCAUGAAAAUUUCCAUACUUUUU